AUGACAUUAUGCGAGGAACGGCAGAUCAGUGCCGAUAUCAUCCUCGCAUCAUCAGGGCGCCCUCUAACCGAUCUCGAGUGCGCUGACCAUGCUGUUAUAGUCGCGGAAAGCAUGUUGUCAACCUUGUGUCAAAGCUGGCUGCAACCUAUGGACUACGUCUACGCCCUGAUAAAUGCAAGCAGACGUGGACUUCCUCGAGACCCCGAACGGGAAUCAGGACUAGUCGAACUCGUCGAUGAAUUAUGUUACCUGGGCUUUAUGAUGAAGAACAACGGCAGCUACGAGAGAGAUGUUCAGCAAAGAUGCGCUAAGGCCACUUCUGCAUUUAACUCCUAA